AUGGUGGGUGUUCCUGGUAGAUCCAAGGGGUGCAUCACAUGUCGAAAACGUAAGAAGGGAUGUGAUAAGAAAAUGCCCUUUUGCGGUCAAUGCAUCGCCCUUAACAUCUCAUGCGGGGGCUACGAUAAGCAGUCUAUCUGGCUCAACAGCAAAGGGCCAGCACAAACAUCUUAUACCAAGUUGCCGCAAAGGGACAGCCUCGAUGUAAAACAUAUCUCGAAACCACCCGGUGCGUCUGUAAUACCGCUACAUGACUCACUCGCCAGGACAGCCAGAACUCAAAAGUUCACUGGACUUUUCUGGAUGGAUUAUCUGUCAGGAGGGAACGGUUUCUCUCUCAAGGCUUUAGGUACAACGAGCUUCCAGCGCAUGCGACUCUAUGAAGACUUGAGCCAAGUAGAGCCCGCUCUUCGAUAUAUCGCGAUGGCCCUGAGCACAGCUACUCUUGGGGCAAACAACAACGACAUGCAACUCACGCGAAAGAGUCAACAAGCAUAUGGUUUGGCUCUGCAGAAAAUGGCCAUUUCUUUACAGUCGUUCAGACCAGACAAGGACGGUAUGCUCGCGGCCGUUCAGUUGAUGCGAGUUUACGAACAAUUGUUUGGCAGGAAUUUCAUUGAAGAUCCUAGAAGGCCCACGAUUCAAGGCUUCAAAAAGCACAUCGAUGGCGAAACGGCACUCAUUCUAAGUCGGGGCCCCGGCGAUGUCUGGUCCUCGAUGGGACGCCAGCUGUUGGCUGAUGGUUGUCUCACUCUGAUCAAUGCCUGUGUGUCUCGAAGAACGAGGUCACCUUUCAGUCAACAACAGUGGAAGCGAAUGCCGCUGUGGCGCUCAGUGACAGACUCGCCACUCAACAAGCUCAUUGACAUCUUGGUAGAGGUCCCAGGUCUUCUGGAAGACUUGGACAUUCUUCGACAAGCUUCUCAUCCGAUCCAAUCAGAACUGGUCAAUAUACUCAAAGACACAUGCCGUGCAUGCGAGUUGGACCUCAUUUCUUGGGAGGCAGAAAUAGGCGAUGUUCUCAUGACUUACGACUACACAGUCGUGGGGAAAGCUUUACCUCUUCCCAAUAAUGACGACGAUCUGGCAGUUAUUUACUUGAGCUGUUAUUAUUGGAUGACUUGUCUAAUGAUAUACUCGACAAUUGGCUUUUGUGAGCUUGAAGACCCAACGUCCGUCACAAAACGCGAUCUCAUGGAUUGUCCAAGCCAGAGAAUCGCUACAUCUUAUGCCUACCGCAUCGCACACGCAAUUCACCUACUAUUCCAACCACCAGCUGGAGACUACAGCUCUGUGGCUGUCUUCUUCCCUCUUGGCAACGCGAUACGGUAUCUUAUCAUGACGGAGACAUAUGGUGGUCAGAGCAUGAUGAGCCACGAGAGAUUUUUACUCACGAAAGUAUUUGGAAGGCCAUUGCUAGGGAGUUUUGUUGGUCAGUUUUUGAAGAAUUUGCAAGCCGAUGAUGGUGUCGACUAUGGAUAUCCUGCAGAGAGAUUAAUAGGUAUGGUAGGUGUUGAGUAUAGAGCAAGAGUAUGGUGGUGUGGCAUGCAAAGAGCUGGUGUACCUGAGAUACCCUUGGAGGGGGCGUGUCUUUAA